GCGGGUCUCUAUCCCUGGCUAGUCCGCGUAGGUGGCCUCUCUUUCGCGCUUCAGGCCUCGCCGCCGCCUGCUCCCAGAUUGUUGUGGGGCUCUGCGGAGUCCAAAGUUGUCCUGGGACGCAGCCGUCGCCGCCAUCCGCGCUCCCCGCCCGCAGGCCGAUUCCCGUGGUAGCAUCCGGUAGGGAAAUGGUCGUGCUUUCGGUGCCCGCCGAAGUCACUGUGAUCCUGUUAGAUAUCGAAGGUACCACAACCCCGAUUGCUUUCGUAAAGGACAUUUUAUUUCCUUACGUCAAGGAAAAUGUUAAAGAAUAUCUACAGACACAUUGGGAAGAGGAGGAGUGCCAGCAGGAUGUCAGUCUUUUGAGGAAACAGGCUGAAGAAGAUGCUCACCUGGAGGGGGCUGUUCCGAUCCCGGCAGCCUCUGGGAAUGGGGUGGAUGACGCACAACAGAUGAUCCAGGCUGUGGUAGAUAAUGUGUGCUGGCAGAUGUCUCUGGACCGAAAGACCACGGCACUCAAGCAGCUGCAGGGCCACAUGUGGAGGGCAGCAUUCACAGCUGGGCGCGUGAAAGCAGAGUUCUUUGCAGAUGUAGUUCCAGCAGUCAGGAAGUGGAGAGAGGCUGGGAUAAAGGUGUACAUCUAUUCUUCAGGGAGUGUGGAAGCACAGAAGCUAUUGUUUGGGCAUUCUACAGAGGGAGAUAUUCUUGAGCUUGUUGAUGGUCACUUUGAUACCAAGAUUGGACACAAAGUAGAGAGUGAGAGUUAUCGGAAGAUUGCAGAUAGCAUUGGCUGCUCCACCAACAACAUCUUGUUUCUGACAGAUGUUACUUUGGAGGCCAGUGCUGCUGAGGAAGCAAAUGUGCAUGUGGCUGUGGUGGUGAGACCUGGCAAUGCGGGAUUAACAGAUGAUGAGAAGACAUACUACAGCCUCAUCACGUCCUUCAGCGAACUAUACCUGCCUUCCUCCACAUAGGGGAGGGCUGCUAAGGAAGCCCAGACUGCUCCGCAGUUGUCUUGGUAGCAUCUAGGUUUAUUCUAAUGUAAAAGUAACUUACUUAUAUUUACACACAUAUAUGCAAGUGUGUAUGUGUGUGCUUAAAUUAACUUCCACAGGCACAUAAGUGAGAAAAAAAGUCUUCAGUGAAAACAAGAGGUAUUUAAAGAUGUUUUCUAUGUAGAAACUGUUUGAGAUCAUAACUAAGCCUUGAGUGUGGAGUGUAGUUGGUAGAAGAAAUUGAUAAAAUACAGAACAAGUAUGUGAUGUUCAUCAGGUUUAUGCCACACUGGAAGGCUGGUUCUGAGAAGAUUUUCAGAAGCCUUGUUGUAAAAACUGGCAAUGCAUCAAGACAUUCCUAAUGGUAGUUCACUGCCCCUGUUUAAUUGUGAGUUAGAUGACUACGACAGUGUGUCUCAUAUUUGUCUCCCUUAUGCAAAAGACAGGUAUUUGUUUCUGCUCCAAAAGAGCAAAACUGGGAGAGGAAGCUCACUUGAGUCCUGAUUAGUCAGGCUCUGUGUGAGUAACUUAAGAGGAACCUUGCUAAUCACAUGCACCCACGCAGGCACUUGCUUUGUCAGUGAAAAAGAUUCUCUGAUCUAACGGGCAAAACAGGGACGUGUUGUUAAUGUGGAACAGAACAGCCCUAAUCCUGCCAGGUGUUACCACCGUGGAUUUUGCAGUUGCCUUUCUAACUGUGUAUUAGCAUAGUUUGAGAAUAUAUGUUAAUUACUAUUUUUUAAAAAAAGGUUUUAUUGAAAUCAGUCCAUAACACCCAGAAGAGCCCUAAUAUGUAAUAUUUUUCUCUGAAAUGGAUGUGAAAAAUGUAAAUUUUAU